AUGCGAAGACGGUCUGACGACUGGGUCAAUGCCACACAUGUGCUCAAGAUUGCCGGCUUCGACAAGCCUGCGAGAACGAGAAUCCUAGAGCGCGAGGUGCAGAAGGGGGUUCAUGAGAAGAUUCAAGGUGGAUAUGGAAAAUACCAAGGCACAUGGGUUCCUCUAUCGGAAGGCCGUUCGCUUGCAGAGAAACAUGGUAUCAUUGACCGGAUCGCGAGGAUCUUUGACUAUGUCCCUGGUGACAGAAGUCCACCUCCAGCUCCGAAGCAUACCACAGCUGCAUCCAGCCGUCCCAAGCAAACCAAAGCCGCUCCCAAGAAGGCACCGCCGCCACCACCACCGCCGCAAGUAAAAGCCCCCACUCAAUUCUACCAGCCCAUCGAAGGUUAUGAGGCUGCAAGCGUUCAUUAUAACGGAGCUGAGAGUCGUGAACCUUCACCCGCCUCUGCAUCCUUCAUGGCGGAAGAUGAUUUCUUACCUCUAUCCCAAAACUCGACUGCUUCCAGAAAACGAAAGCGGAACGACGAUGAAUCUGUCUUCACUGCAUCAGACCUAGAACACACAAUAUACGGCGAUGAGUUGCUGGAUUAUUUCGUGACCGCUGGUGAUGACCCGGCUGCAUCCAAUAUUCUUCCACCCCAGCCUCCGCCAAACUUCGACGUUGAUCGUCCAAUUGACAAUCUUGGCAACAAUGCUCUCCACUGGGCCUGCGCAAUGGGUGACGUGCAGAUCGUUAGAGACUUGCUCGCACGCAAUGCCAACCCUGCUGCGCAGAACGAAGGUUCUAGGGAAACACCCCUUAUCCGCGCUGUAUUGUUUACAAAUAAUUACGACAAGCGAACGUUCCCCAAGAUCGUUCAAGCUCUCUCACAAACAAUUGUUGAACGAGACUGGCAUGGUGCAACAGUCUUUCACCAUAUUGCAGAGACCGCUCGAUCUCGAAGCAAGUGGGGAUGUGCCAAAUAUUACUGUGAGGUCCUUAUAAACAAGAUGCAAGAGAUGGGGUCGAACUAUGUUCAGGCUUUGCUUGUCUCGACUGAUGUCAACCAUGAUACAGCUGCACUAUGUGCAAUCCGAAACGGCUGUGUUAAAGUCGCCACCUUUCUGCUCAACCACUGCCCUGAAGCUGGUGAUAUUCAGAAUCUGAAAGGCGAAACUGCAAACGAAUACCUCCGAUCACUUCGGGAGAAGAAAGAUACCCUAGAACAACCAGGCUCCUCACCUCCAAGGGCUGGUGAAUCUUUCAAUACACGAGUGUCUCGCAGGAAACGACAGAAGGAGGCGGUCUCUCGAGCAGCAUCCCUUGUUCUUGACAAGAUUGGAUCAGUCAUGGAUGAAGGCAGCUCCAGGAUUGCAGAGAUGUACGAUGCCCAAAUGUUAGAGAAAGACACUGAAAUAGCUGAAGCCAAGUCUGCAUUGAACGAGCUCGAGAAUCAGCGUCACAAGAUUCGCCAAGAGACUUUCUCGCUGAUGGCUCGAGUUGAAGAUCCGUCCAGACUUAAUGUUCUGAGGCAUGAAUAUGAGGAAAGUCUCCGUGAGAUGGAGUCCUUGUUGGAGCAAAAAGAACAUGUUGUCUUACAGAAGGAGAUCCUUCAACAAGACCAGCAAACCAAUCCUGAGGCCUUUCGCUUUUCAAACUCUCAGCCUCUUUCACCUGAAGAAGUUCGAACAGCCAUCCCAUGGGCCCUCGAACUUAAUCGACAACAAGAUGUCCGCAAGCACUGGGUGAAGGAAGUGGCCAAGUUGAUGGGCGAUGCAGGAACAAGUGAGAAAGUAGGCAAGCAUCGAAAACUAGUCGCUAUUGCGACUGGGCUCAAGGAGGACGAGCUGGACAACAUGUCUGAGGAGCUGUUACAGAGUUUACAAGGUGACCGUGGCCUUGCCAGCACAAAUGGACCACAAACGCCACCACAUAUCAUGGCUGGAAUUGAAGCAUAG